AUGUCUCUUGGCCGCCGCAUGGUCGUUGGCGGCCUGGCCGUUGGCGCAGCAUUGUAUUUCUGGCCGCAAGCCUCGCCCGGAGUCCCUGGUACCCCCGUCGCCACCUUCAAAACCCCCAGCGUGCAGAACAUAGAGAAAGCUUAUGCGAAUGGCGGUGCCACCUCCACACAUACCAAGGCGUACGGUGGCACAAUUCAGGGACAGAAAGAAGAUGCACCGAUGAGAGAGGGCUCGGCCACAAGUAACCCCAAGGGGUUCCAGCGAGAAGGGUUUGGAAACGACCAGCGGCCGAAUGAACCCAUGCUGCCUGGGAAAUGGUGGAACAAGACAAUGUAUGGAAGUGAGAAGGGCAAAUGA